AUGUCCGACUCAAGAAAGAAGCUGGCGCUGGCCAUCAUUGACUUCCUCAACACCUCUCUCAAGGACGGCACUCUCCAAUCAGACGACGCAGAGUCCGUCGAGAUUGCAACCUCAUGUAUCGCAGAGGCAUUCCACGUCGACCCUACCAACAAGACUGCCAUGACCGAAGCCCUGGGCGGUCAAAACCUUCUCAGCAUCUACGGUGUCUAUGAGAAGCUGAAGGGCAAGAGCACCGCCUCUACUGAGGGUUCAAGCAGCGCCAAGGAGGGUCGCCCUGCUACUCCCACCAGUUCCUCCAAGGGCGCCAACGAGAAGUCCAACACGCCUACUCCCGAGUCUGAGUCGCUCAAGGCUCAGGGUAACGCCGCCAUGCAGAAGAAGGACUACCAAACUGCCAUCGAUUACUACACCAAGGCUCUUGAGAUCGCCCCUCUGAACACCAUCUACCUGUCCAACCGUGCCGCUGCCUACUCGGGCGCUGGUCAACACGAAUCGGCCAAGAACGAUGCAGAGCUCGCCACUGCUGCCGAACCCAACUACACAAAGGCGUGGAGCAGACUUGGUCUCGCACGCUUCGCUCUUGGAGACGCUCAGGGCAGCAUGGACGCAUACAAGGCCGGCAUCGAUGCUGAGGGCAACGGUGGUAGCGACGCCAUGAAGCGUGGCUACGAGACUGCCAAGAGAAGAGUUGAGGAGGAGGGUGGUCUGACCGAGGAGGCAUCUCGCGGUGCUCCCGGCGGUGGUGCUGGUGGCAUGCCCGACCUCUCAGCCCUCGCAGGCAUGUUCGGCGGCGGCGGUGCAGGCGGUGCUGGUGGUGCCGGUGGCAUGCCCGACUUUGCCAGUUUGAUGCAGAACCCCAUGAUGCAGCAGAUGGCUCAGAACCUCAUGAAGGACCCCAACAUGAUGAACAACCUGAUGAGCAACCCUCGCGUCAAGGAGAUGGCCGAUCGCUUUGGUGGCGGUGGUGCCGGCGGCGCUGGUGGCCAGGGUGGCGGUAUGCCCGACCUCUCUAGCUUGAUGAACGAUCCUAGCAUUGCAGAGAUGGCCAAGAACUUCAUGGGAGGUGCAGGAGGUGCUGGCGGCGCUGGCCGUGGAGGCAGAUAA